AGAUAUCAAAAUCUGUUAGGCGAGAAGUUUAAACAAAAACAUCUGGCAAUAGAAAGUAAGAAUAGGCACUAUGAAUAUGAUUGUUAUGAAAACCAUAUAUGUAUGCUUCAGAUUUGUUUCUGUUAUAAUAAUCCUAUAAUAGAUCUAGAUGACGUCACAAUGACACCCUGUUUAUAGUUUAAGUGGUUCAGAUAAGGUUACAAAAGACCAGUUUAUAUGUGUGGAUAUUAGAAAAAUCUUCAUCAGUAUUCCAUUGGCACACGGAAGAUAAAGUAAAUCGCGAUCAUUUAAAAGGCAUUAAAAAUACAACAACAACAACAUAAAAACAAAGUGAUGGCAACUGGAAAAGGCGGACAACACAAGAAUGUUAUUGAAUCUGAGAUCGACAAUGAAGAUGUCUUAAAUCCCCUUUCCGAUAUUGAUUAUCUUCACUACGAGCUUGCUAGUGUACACAGGAAGCUUGAAGUUAUGCAUUUAGCACUGGAGAAAUCUCGCCAGGAUCACAAGCAUGCUAUUGAAUCAAAGGACAAGGAUGUACAUAACCUAAGAGAAAAGAUAAAUGACAUGCAGGAACUUGUGGACCGAUUAAAGUCUGAAAAGGAGAGACUGUUAUCAAAAAUAAAUCUUCGUGAGAUAGAUAUGGCCGAUAUGAAGAGAGAGAUUGACAACUUAAAACUGCAGCUUCAAGAGGCUGAGACAAAAUCAAAGAAGCGUGAAGAAGACAUUGCUUUUCUCAUUGCACAAGAGCAAACAAUAAAAGAAGAAAUCAAAUGUGAACUUAAAGAAGAGAUGGAGAGAAACACACAGGCAUUGCACGGUGAUAUGCUUGCUAUAUUGAGAGAAGUACAAGCCGAGAAAAAAGACGUAGCCGCGAUUCUUCAUGAAGUUCAGGCAGAGAAAAAAACAUCAACCAAAGUGAAAAUAGACAAUCACAAAACUAAAGCCAAAAAGGAAUGCCAUAAAAAUUGCUGAUAGCUUUUUUUGUCCUGGGUUUUUCUCAUUAAAUAGUACAAGGUAGUCGAACUAUAGUAAUUGU